UCUCUCUCUCUCAGCAAUUCCCACUCUCCACUCUCUCUCUCUCUCUCUCUCUCUCUCUCUCUCUCAACAAAAAAAAAAUGUCAUCUUUGAAGAAGAGUAAUUUCCACCUCUGGUUCUCAAAGCUCCGCUGCUUUCCGGCCACCGUGAAACCCUCAUCGCCGCCGAAAACGCCCAACAAGAAACCAUCUCCCAUUACCCACUUGGAAAACUCCGACUAUUCUUCUACUUCCACCGCUGCUGACGACGGUUUCUUCUCCGACGAGUCCACUUCCGAUUCCGACGCCAUCGUCCCUGACUUCUCCGCUGCCGUCGCUUCCCACCGGUUCUUCUUCUCCUCCCCUGGCUGCUCCAACUCUAUUUUUGACUCCUCUCCCGACACUCACCACAGCGCCGCCGUUUCCGCCGCCGUACACGGCGGCGUAGAAGUUCGGAAGGUUUCAAUGGACCCAUUUGUGGAUUUUAGAGCGUCAAUGCAGGAGAUGGUCGAAGCGAGAGAUCGGCCGGUGGACGUCCGGCGAGAUUGGGAGUAUCUGCAGGAUCUUCUUCUUUGUUAUCUUCGAAUCAACCCCGUUGAUACUCAUAAGUUUAUAUUAAGAGCUUUCUCCGACCUCGUUGUUUAUUUGCUGGAAUGCUCGCCGGAGUCAUUCUCCGACCGCCGUCUUCGGCCGCACAAUAUCAACUCAAACAGCUGGUAAUUGGUGCAUAAUGACAACAAUAUAUCAUAUCAAUAUUUCAACGACAUAUUUUUUCUACCCUACACCAAUUAUUUCUCCUCCCGGCCUUCUGAUGUGCGUACUUUUUAUUCAAGAGUUCAUGAUCGGCGUAUGGGGGGAGAAAAAGGCAUAUAGUAGUUGGCGAAAAAGGGGAUUGGAAUGUUUGUUGUAAGAAAGGCAAAAACAAAAUUGUGGGUUUUCUCGAUGAUCAUCUAACACACACACACUCACUCACAAAAAUCAAAAGAAUCAAAGCCAAAGCCAAAGCCAAAGCGUGGUGUAUGUGCAAAAAAAGAGACGGAGAAUAUAAUAUAAAUAUAUUGUGUUUGUUUACUGUUUGGUUGGUGGAAGAGAAAAUGAAGGAAAGUAAAAGGAAAAAGAAAAAGAAAAAUAAAGUUUUUUUUUUUCUUCUUGGGUACAUAAUUGCUGACAAAAGAAGGCAGAAGAAAGAGGGUUGGUUUUAUUGUCCUUCGAGAGAAGAAAAAAGAAGAGUUGAGGAGUGGUCCUAUAAGGUUAUAUGUUUGGUGAUGACAUUAAUGUUUGUAAUUUAAUGUGUUUUGCAGUCUGUAUCAUCAAACAAGCCUAACUGCUCAUAACACACACAACCUUUAUUU